AUGAUGCCGGCGAUGCACAAUCGAGUCGGGAUGACCAUCUUUAAAGAGGGUAAUGUUCUUGCUCUUAGUGGUGCCGCCGAUGCAACCGAUGAAGAUCUUGAUCCCGACUCAGAUAAGCUGCUCUGGGGGCGGGACGCGUGGGAGAUGAAUCUAGAGGCAACCGACGAGGACGUUAAGGAAGAAAUGGUGGACGAAACGGAGAAACAAGAGGAACUACUGAGUGUCCCUGAUGAAGAAUCUAGGGACGAAGUGGUCGUGGAGGCCCCUAGAUUUAGGGGUCAGACAAAUCCUUCUACCAAUGAGAACUCCCUAAGCCGCAAAAAUCAUCCGGGGUCCAGUCUGCCCAGAUCCAGAUAUGUUCACCAUAAGGAUAAAGGGGAGAAGUUAAGGCAGGGGGAGCAGCCGGAGCAGCCGGAGCAAGAAAGCUCAUUUGUUUUGAGAUACUGGGGUACCAAUAUUUAUUAG